GGGAUAGCCCUGUCCAUCUCCACGGUUCACCAGACACCCACUCCAUCAGGAUGAGGAUUGGCCUUUUCACUAGCAUGGUGUAGCACUACAGCUGAAAUAUACAGGAUGCCCCGAUCUUUCCUCGUGCGGUGUAAACGGGUCAGUAGUUACCAGGAGCAGCACUACAGCAAUGAAGAUAAUGUUCAGCAAAGACUCGGAACAGCACGCAGUGCAGAACAAGCUGACCAAGAGAAGCCUGUGUCCCCAGGAACGUCAGAUGCUUCAACCAAAUUUCUGGAGCCCUCGCGAAGUGUCAAUCCCACUGAGAAGGACACCUUGGGGCAAGGGUCAGAGUUUGGGUGUUGGAGAACACCUCAGAUAAACACUGGAUCAAUCAGGGCAAGAGAGAUCUUCACAAAUCCUCAUGGAACAGAGACAGGAAAAUGCGAAAGUCAAGUGGAGAACAUCUGGGGAUCUGUCUCCUCACCUGAUAACUUGCUUCACUCUUCGGAGUCACCUCACAGCCUUGGAUUACAAUUCCAACCGUACUCCUGGAGUGCUUACUCCACAGUUGGACUUAAACAUCUGGUUGAGGAUUACCUAUCACCCAUGUUGGACCCCAGGAGCACACUUCAGAGCCAGAGCACUGCACGAAACAUGGAAGAUAAGAGUAAUGUCAUCUACACACAGCGGAGCCUGCACAAAACUCCUUAUAGCUGCAGCAAAUGUGACAAGGUGUUUUCAACUUCUCAUGGGCUAGAGGUGCAUGUACGAAGGUCACACAGUGGCAGCCAGCUCUUCGUCUGUGAGGGUUGUGGCAAAGCCUUUGGGCAUGCUGUCAGUCUGGAACAACAUCAGGCCACACAUUCCCAGGUCAAGGAGAAGAGUUUCAACUGCAAGAUUUGUGGGAAAAAUUUCAAACGCUCUUCGACGUUAUCCACCCACCUGCUGAUUCACUCAGACACUCGGCCCUAUCCCUGUCAAUACUGCGGCAAGUCUUUCCAUCAGAAAUCAGAUAUGAAGAAACAUACUUUCAUCCACACAGGUGAGAAGCCACAUAAAUGUCAGGUUUGUGGGAAAGCUUUCAGCCAGAGUUCAAAUCUCAUCACUCACAGCCGGAAACACACUGGCUUCAAGCCUUUCAUCUGCUCUGCGUGUGGGAAAGGAUUUCAGCGGAAAGUCGACUUGCGGAGGCAUCAGGAGACACAUACUGGAGUGGAUCCUGCUACUGUUUAGCUCAAUGGAAGCUUACAGACAGCCAACGAGGAACACACCGCCACCGUGACUCUAUCAAUGGACAACAUACCGGAUCUCCAAAUCCUCCAAUGAGGGGACAGUGUAGUUGGUCACUGAGAUGAUGAUCCAACUGCAAAUCAGAACUGUUACAGCACAGGAGGAGGCCACUCAGCCCAUUAUGCCUGCACCGGCUCUAUUCCCCAGGAUCAACUUCCUGCCAUUUCCCCAUAUCUCUGCACGGCAUUUCUAUCCAAGCUGCUCAUGCAUCAGGACCUGAGAAGAAAGAUGCUGACAUAAAUCCAGUCAAUCUAAGACAUGAGUCACAAUUAGAUUGACUUACCUUGUACACUUCAAAAUGAA